AUGGAAAUAAAAAAGAAAUUAAAUAUUUGGAAUAAUGUAGAUCAUACAUAUAAAAGGGUUAAAAAAAAAAAAUGUAAAAAAAAUAUUUUUUAUCUAAUAUUUUUAAUAUCGAUCAGCUUAUUAGCCUAUUUUCAAUCACCAAAUUUUGUUGCUUUUGCAAAAAUUAAUGAGAAAAAAAAGGAUGUCAAGCUAGACAACAUAGCAAAUAACAAAUCGAUAGAUAAAGAAAACAAUAAAUUAGAUAAUGAAAAAAAUAGUAUAGAGGAAAAUAAACUAGACUCUACAAUAAAUGAAAAUGCUUAUAAUACAAACGAUAAAAUUCGUAAAGAAUUACUUCUUCAAUCAUUUAAUAUUAGAAGUUUCGAAGAGGAAAGAUAUAAAUUAAAAUUUGUAGAAAAAUAUAUUUUAAGUAAUUCAGAUAUAGCUAAUAAUGAUAAUUUAAUAUUUGAUACUGUAAGUAGUUUUUAUAAUGAAUUUAUAGAUAGUUAUAUAAACCCACCUAUCGAUGGAGAUAAAAAAGGUGUAUCAAUGAAUGAGAGAGAAACACAGAUUAAUGAAAUUAAAAAAAUAAUACUUUUUAAAUUUUCAAAAUAUGGCAUAGUUAUAUUCCUUUCUUUUUUUUUAAUUAAAUUAUUUUUUACCCUUGUGCAAAAAUUGAUAAAAUAUAUAUUUAUUUUUAUUUUAAAAAUUUUAAAAUUCUGCUGUUGUGGGGGCCGAUAA